AUGGGUGGAGAGGAGAGCGUGGACCCCCGCGUCAUUCGCUUCACCCACGCCGACAUCUCCCCGCGCUUUCGCAGCGGCGUAUCCUUGGACGCCGCGAUCGAGGGGAUCCUCGCUGGCGAAAUGGACAUCGACUCCUUCGAGCCUAUUGGUGCGGUGGGGAGACGGGCGGCUGUUCAGCCUCUCGAACCGCCGGUUGUUUGUCUUCCGCGUGCUGGCGAACCUCGGCUUUCUGUCCGCGGUCGAGUCACCCCGCCUGUCGUCUACGAUUUCGAGGCUCCUGCCGUGCGGCGGCUGUGGUCGAAGGGGCGCUCUGGUGGCGAGGCCGAGCCGCAGGACGACGACGCCCUCGCGGAGCUGGCCAGCCCAGGUGUCCCGAAGUUGGCGCGGUCGUUCGAGACGCGGGGCUGCCCUGGCGUGUGGCUGGUCUUCGUGCACGUGCGCAGCCGCCACGCCCAUCUGCAGACGAUCUCGGGGGCGCUGGGGGCGGCCACGCGGGCGGCGAACACCGAGGUGCACGUCCGCGCCGCGGCGCCAAGCGGGCGCAAUCUCCCGGACGACCCCGAGGCGCGCGCGUGCUUCGCGGAGAUCGCGGAGUGCGAGGCCGGCUGGCAGCUGGAGCGGGCGCUGGAUGCCCUCAGGGAGGCGCAGCUCCGCGGCCUGAGGGUGGCCUGGCCCGGGGCGGCCCGUGACAGGCGCGCCGGGGCGGGGAGGCAUCGCCGCGCGGGGGCGGGGGCGCCCGGCUGCGCCUUGGAGCGAGAGCUGCGGGGGUCUGCGGGCCCAGGGCCGCCCCCGCCCGCUGGCCGAGACACGGCAGCAGCACCCAAGGGCACAGCUCAGGGCCGCAUUCGGUGGCCGCGGAUGGUCGGGUGGUCAUCGCGAGCAGGGUUUGUUGUCCGAGGUCUGCUGGGGGAAGACACAAAAACGUGAUGGCUCCCCCAGCGGCUUGCGCGAUGCAUGCGGAAUUCAAUGUGGCGUCUGUGAACCAAAGCGGUCGUAGUUGCUCUAUGCCGCCUAUUGCACUUGCAUCCUUAGAUCCUUCGCCUGGCAGCAUCAGUACUUGUUCAGAACUCUUACUUUACUUGCCCUCCUCCUGCCAAGUGCCGGGCGACGCUCUUGUCGUGACGGGACACGCCUCCAUUCUGAGACUGGACG